CAAAACCUCCAACACAAUCACCCACUUCUCCAUCAAAAAUCUAAUGAACCAACUGAUCGUCACCAACAAGAUCACCACCGCCAAGAACAAGAACAACAACCACAACCACAACCACAAGCGCAAUCACAACAUCAACGACGACGACAUUUAUCAUCAAAAUCAGUAAAUUAUGAGAAAGUAAUAAAUCACCAAAGGAAUGAUGAUAAUGUUGAUGGUGGUCAAGGAAGACAAAGAGGAGACGGAAGAAGAUUGGGCAGUGGACAACAUUCAUUGUCCACCACUAACCUGUUACAUGGGCUAUCUUAUCCUCCUGCUCCACCUUCAUACACAACAUCAUCUCCGAUUAAUCAACAACCCUUAGGAUUUUAUCACCCGAAUUAUACUGAGACUCAUUUACCGAAUUUACCAAAUUUUCGUGAUGAUAUGAAUCUUCGUAAUUUACGGUCAAUUAGUUUAUCUGACUCUUUGAACGAUAAACAUAAAAGGUCACCAAUGUUGAUAACAUCGCCACAGCCUUCGGUUGACUCGGGAUUGAAAGUCGAUGGAGGUUCAAGUGUCGACUAUGAUCAAAGUCGAAGUAACUUUGAGUCUCGAGAAUCUGUUUUAAGAGAUACAGAUUCACGUUCGAUCUCACGAGUUAACUCCUCGCACGAAUAUGAUGCUGGUAAAGUGAAAGAAUCUAAAAUGAGAGAAGAAGCAAUUAGAACCUUGGCACAAUCGAGACAACAAUCGUCGAUGGUACCCAAAGGUUCGAAUGAGUUUAGAAAAAGUCAACAAUCAUUAGAACCACGAUCAAUAGAAAAACAACAACAACAACAAGUAGAUGAGAGAAAAAUACAAGAAGAAAGAUCAAAAUCUCAGGGAGAAACUGAGAUCACAACAAGUAUCACGAAAACGAAGAUUCCUCAAGAGACAGAAUCUGAUGGAAUGGGAGGAAUACGAAUCAAAAGACCAGCAAUGUCACGAUUAGUACUCGAACAACAACUCCAAUCAACUGACAGAGGAAAAGUAGGAAUGGGAGAAAUAGAAGGAGGAGGAAGAAGAAUAGGAGAUAGAGAAGGAAGAGAAGGAGUAAAUCCAUCAAUGGGUGUGGGCGAUGGAUGUACAAUCUCAUCUUCGAUUACAUUAGAAUCUCCAUAUGAAUAUAAGAAGAGACAAAAAGAGAAUGCAAAUCAAAAAAUGGUCUCGAUGAAAGAUUUGACCUUUGGGAAGAAAGAAAAUGAAUCAAUUGGAAUGAAAUCAGCAAACUCCAUGGAUUCAAUACCAAAGAAAAGAACGAAAUCUUGUCACAGUUAUACUCUUGGUGGUUCGACACCAGGUAUCGGUUCUAUUGGAAGACAAGGAGAGGAAGAUGAAGAUGGAAGAGGUGGAGAGGUGAUAACUACAAGUAAAUUCGAGAGACACAAAAGUCCACAAGACAGUCGAGGUCGUGAGAAGACAACAUGGGAAUACUCAAUGGAGUGUAAUUGUGUCAAUGGUGUUAAUACAUCGCUUCGAACGAGCGUAAAACAUAAACGCACUUAUUUGCCAUUCGCUUGUACGAUGUACGAAUCCAGUGUUUGAUCAAUAGGACAAUCGAUUUAAUUGAUUCGCACGAUUGAACAAUUAAUUUCAUGGAUUAAAUGUCGAGGAUGGUCAAUGACAGGAAAUUUUUUUUUCUUUUCUUUUUCAUUUCAUUAUUUUCUAAUUUCUUUAUCAUUCAGCUUUUUUCUGUUCUAUUAUUUUCACCAUUUUCUUAAUCAUGUAAACACAAUCUUCACUUUUUAAUUACUGUUAAUCAUUGAGAAUAUUUUAAUAAAUUAAUUAUCUACUAAUAUAAUAAAUCCAUGAGACAUUCAUGAGGUCCGAU